GCUACCGAAUCCACGGUCCAAACCUGCCUGUGACCAAAUAAAGGUCACAGGCAUCGUGAACGUCUCGCUUUCCUCUCCCCCCUACGAUUCAGCCCCAUUUUCGUGGCCACCACGAAAUUCCCCCCCUUCAUCACAGGUCCCGGCGAUUCACACACUCCGAGCACUCUCUCUCUCUCUCUAAAAAUCUGCAAACAUGAGCAAGGGACCUGGACUCUUCUCCGAUAUUGGCAAGAAAGCCAAAGAUCUGCUUACGAAGGACUACAUCACCGACCAGAAAUUCUCGGUUUCUACCUACAGUGACACUGGAGUGGCCAUCACGUCAACUGCAGUGAAGAAAGGAGGGCUAUCUGCUGGGGAUGUGGCGACACAAUACAAAUACAACAACACAGUACUUGAUGUCAAAUUUGAUACAGAAUCAAAUAUCUCGACAACUUUAACUGUCACUGAUAUCAUCCCAUCAACAAAAGCUAUUGCAUCAUUCAAACUUCCUGACUACAACUCUGGCAAGCUAGAGGUUCAGUACUACCAUUACCAUGGAACCUUCACUACGGCUGCUGCUCUGAACCAAUCCCCUGUUGUUGAUAUUUCAGCAACAAUCGGCACUCCAACUAUUGCCUUUGGUGCUGAGGCAGGCUAUGAGACCAAUUCUGGCAAAUUUUCCAAGUACACUGCUGGUGUUAGUGUGAACCAACCAGACUCUUGCGCUUCAAUCAUUUUGGGCGAUAAAGGAGAUUCUAUAAGGGCAUCAUACGUGUACAAUUUCGACCAAUUAAAGAAGAGUUCCACUGUUGGAGAGAUUACUAGAAGGUUUUCCACGAACGAGAACACAUUUACUGUGGGAGGAUCAUAUGCAGUUGAUAACCUGACAUUGGUCAAAACAAAGCUCAACAAUCAUGGGAAGCUUGGGGCCGUCUUGCAGCAUGAACUGAUACCCAAAUCGGUUCUGACCAUCUCUAGUGAGUUCGACACUAAGGCCUUGGACAAGACUCCCAGGUUUGGGUUGGCCCUUGCUCUCAAGCCUUGAUGGAUGUUCUGCCAUUGAUGAUAUCUUGUUGGAGUUCGAUACCCUCUUGAUAUUUUUUUUGUGGGUGGCUCUUGAAAGGAGCGCUCAAUAAUUAGUUGAAUAGAGAGAUUUGUUUUAGGUUCUUGAUGAAUGGAUGAUUGUUUGGUACUUGGGCAUUGCCAUUGGGGCUUUCCAUCUGUAUUCCUUCUAUUUCCUUUAAGCAUGAAGUUUGCACAUUAUUUUGUCUUGACGUGGGGAGCUUUUUCGGAAUUGAUUUAGAAAUUAGAAGUAUUGCUUAUUCCA